UUUCUCUAAUCAUUUUUUCAAUAAUUUCGUAUAAAUCAGUCAUUGUCAAUCGUACUGCGUUUAGCUUCUAACAACUAAUUCGCAAUGACGCCACCGAUGGAGAGAAUACAAAUCCUUGAAACGAUUGAGAAGGAUAUUAUUGUGUGUUUGCAAAGUGCAGGGCAAGCUUUUGUGGAACUCAGUAAAGAGAAAUCUAGUUUGAAACAAGCUGAAGCGCAAACUCAGCAAUUUCUAAAAACACUAGGACAUGUGGAAUCAAAAUUGAGCGAACAAAUUAAUUAUUUAACUCAAGUUUCUACAGGGCAACCACACGAAGGCUCUGGAUAUGCCAGUCAAAAGGUACUUCAAAUGGCAUGGCACAGGUUAGAACACGCACGAAGCAGAGUAAACGAAUUAGAGCGUAUUAAAAAUAAACCAAGAUGAACUCAUCAAAUGUUCUUUUUCUGAAUCAUCAUUUUCAAUGUAACAAAAAUUCAUACACAUAUGUUUGGUCAACAUACUUCAUGCUGUAUAUACAUUCCUAAAGAUUUCCAUGCAAACGAAAUAAGUAAUAAAUUUCACAUUUAA